GCUGUUGCUGUUGCUGCUGCUGCUGUUGAACUUGGAUAUGUUUGAACUGCAUAGCUUGUUGCGCCAUCAUGUACGCCUGCGCAUUAGCCUGUAUCUGCGCCGCACUUUGGGGAGUGCCAAUGACAGGAGUGCCAACAGUCGAAUUGGACUGCUGCAUCAACGCCAUUCCCUGGUCGGAGGCCGCUGAGGGCGAAGCGAGCAAUGGUGCAGUGGCUUCUAUCGGCGCCGGUGACAUGGUAACAUUAUGCGUGCCCAAAGCAGGGGUCGUCGGGGUUGCUACGCUCUGUUGAUCCUGGUGUUGCUGUUGCUGCUGGAGCAUAUUUGACUGACCCGGCUGUGAUGGUGUCGGCAACGAUGACAGAGGCUGCUGCGACUGAAGCUGCUGCUGCUGCUGAGAACCAGGGGCAUUCAUCGCAGGCCGUGGCAUCUGACCUUGUUGCUGGUUCAUCGGCAUAUGCUGCUGUUGGGCCUGCUGCUGUUGUUGUUGCUGCUG